AACCAACCGAUACCGGGGCAGUGAGUAGAAGAAACCCACAUGGGUGGAAUAUAUGUAGGCGAUAAACCCGUUAACAAAUCAACCUUCGUUAGACCACGUGGUCACGUUAACACACACUAUGAAGUCGGACAGCUACAGUACCGAAACUCCGCCGUAUACCGUGAAGGGCGACGGGAUACACAAUCCUACUUUUGUAAACGACAAUGGAGAGGCGGAGAGGGGUUAUGUCAAACCGACGGCAAAAGCUGAGGAGGUGGAUCCCUGGGAGUUACCGGAACUGCAAGACACGUCCAAACCUUUCAAAGAAAUGAACAGCAAUGAGAAAGUGGUGUUCGUGUUGUGGGUGAUACUACGGAUACUUCUAUUUCUCUCAUUCCUUUAUCUCUUCAUCUGUUCCUUGGAUUUCCUCAGUUCGGCAUUCCGACUCCUGGGAGGAAAAGCAGCUGGCGAGGUGUUCCGGAACAACGACAUCCUUCGGAACCCCGUGGCUGGUGUCAUGAUAGGUGUUUUAGCUACCGUUUUGGUCCAGAGUUCCUCCACCAGCACGUCCAUCGUCGUCGCAAUGGUUGGAUCUGGACUCCUUGACGUUAAGACAGCCAUACCUAUCGUGAUGGGAGCUAACAUUGGUACUUCCGUUACCAACACGAUAGUUGCCAUGGGACAGAUCACCAACAGGGACGACUUCCGGCGAGCAUUCGCUGGGGCCACUGUCCACGACAUGUUCAACUGGACGAGCGUCAUCAUACUCCUUCCAAUAGAGGUCAUCUCAGGAUACCUGUUCCGUCUUAGUGGGGCCAUUGUAGACAGUCUUCAUCUGGAGAAGUACAAGGACGGCAAACAGGACUUGCUAAAAGCCAUCACAAAACCUUUUACCACUAGAAUUGUUCAGGUCGACAGCAAGGCCAUCCAGAAGAUUGCACACAACGAGGACGUUGACACGCUUCUCAAACUGUGCUGCAAGUCCGCGACGCCGGACCCUGUUAACGUCACCGACGCCAAUGGCACGUGGUACUUAGAGGAACAGAACAAACUCUGCGUUACACCAUGCGAAUUUAUCUUCAAAGACGUGGGCUUGGGGGAUACAGGAAUAGGAGCGAUAUUACUGGUCAUUGCGCUUAUACUUCUGUGCGUCUGUCUGUUCGCCAUCGUCAAACUGCUGAAUUCUCUCUUAAAAGGUAAUAUCAGGAAAAUAAUCAAGAAAAUCAUAAACGCCCAGUUCCCAGGAAAAUGCGCAUACUUCACUGGUUAUCUUGCCAUGGCUGUGGGGUGUGGACUGACCAUCCUAGUACAGUCCAGUUCCAUCUUCACGUCGGCCAUGACACCACUGGUCGGUGUCGGUGUUAUCAGUAUCGAAAGAAUGUACCCGUUGACCCUGGGAUCGAACAUCGGUACAACAACCACAGGUAUCCUAGCCGCCCUGGCACAAGAUGCUGACAAGAUCAGAGAACCUUUGCAACUGGCGUUCUGUCACCUGUUCUUCAACAUUUCGGGCAUUGCCCUUUUAUAUCCAAUUCCGUUCACGAGAUUUCCAAUCGCUUUAGCAAAAUUUCUGGGAACCGAAACUUCCAAAUACCGAUGGUUCGCUGUUCUAUAUUUGGUGUUUAUGUUUUUCCUGCUGCCACUGAUUGUGUUUGGACUAUCUCUGGCUGGCUGGAAAGUCAUGGCUGGUGUUCUCAUUCCAAUAGCUGCCAUUAUCAUCGUUGUCUGCAUCAUAAAAAUCAUUCAAAGAAAGAAGCCUGGUAUACUCCCAAAAGUCCUUCGUAACUGGAAGUUCCUGCCCCUAGUGUGCCGCUCUCUGCGGCCUGUUAACAGAGUGAUGCAAGUGUGUGUGUGUAAAUCGUGCCCUUGCUGUGCCGAGACGACAGAUGCCAAGUUUCCGUCAGAUACCGAAGUAGAAACCACCAGAAUAUAAAUUGAAGAACUGGUAGCUGAUUGCUAAACUUUAAAAAUCCAUGACGAAACAAACUUUCAACAGUGUAAUAAGCAAAGUGAUGUUUCGUGAGCAUUAAUAAUUUCAUAAUUAGAAAUACUUAUUUAAUGUAAUACCAAUUAAAUGCUAACCUUAAUGAAAAAAUAUUCUUCUUACAUACAUGAAAGGUCUGACAUAUUUGAAAGAAAGAAAUUCUAUCAGUUACUUAUAAUAUCACUUUUAUGGACAAUACAUUUCAUACAAAUGUUUCAUCGAUCUGUGCUGCAAAUGUCAAGAACAUCCUUUGAUUCUGGUUGUUAAACAUAUCAACUGUCAGUUGCCAUUCCCCGGAGAUAUAGCGCAGCUCUCCACUAUAAGUAGCUAGACAAUCACUUGCUAACGCCUGGUAAUAUAGGACGGAUCUCCACUGUCAGUAGCUAUUUCCCGGUGAUAUAUAGCAAGGAUUUCUACUGUCAGUAGCUAUAUCCCGGUGAUAUAUAUAGCAAGGAUUUCUACUGUCAGUAGCUAUCUCCCGGUGAUAUAUAUAUAGCAAGGAUUUCUACUGUCAGUAGCUAUAUCCCGGUGAUAUAUAUAGCAAGGAUUUCUACUGUCAGUAGCUAUCUCCCGUUGAUAUAUAUAGCAAGGAUAUCCACUGUCAGUAGCUAUCUCCCGGGGAUAUAUAUAGCAAGGAUUUCUACUGUCAGUAGCUAUAUCCCGGUGAUAUAUAUAGCAAGGAUUUCUACUGUCAGUAGCUAUCUCCCGGUGAUAUAUAUAGCAAGAAUAUCCACUGUCAGUAGCUAUCUCCCGGUGAUAUAUAUAUAGCAAGGAUUUCUACUGUCAGUAGCUAUCUCCCGUUGAUAUAUAUAGCAAGGAUAUCCACUGUCAGUAGCUAUCUCCCGGGGAUAUAUAUAGCAAGGAUUUCUACUGUCAGUAGCUAUCUCCCGUUGAUAUAUAUAGCAAGGAUAUCCACUGUCAGUAGCUAUCUCCCGGGGAUAUAUAUAGCAAGGAUUUCUACUGUCAGUAGCUAUCUCCCGGUGAUAUAUAUAGCAAGGAUAUCCUCUGUCAGUAGCUAUCUCCCGGUGAUAUAUAUAGCAAGGAUAUCCACUGUCAGUAGCUAUCUCCCGGGGAUAUAUAUAGCAAGGAUUUCUACUGUCAGUAGCUAUAUCCCGGUGAUAUAUAUAGCAAGGAUUUCUACUGUCAGUAGCUAUCUCCCGGUGAUAUAUAUAGCAAGAAUAUCCACUGUCAGUAGCUAUCUCCCGGUGAUAUAUAUAUAGCAAGGAUUUCUACUGUCAGUAGCUAUCUCCCGUUGAUAUAUAUAGCAAGGAUAUCCACUGUCAGUAGCUAUCUCCCGGGGAUAUAUAUAGCAAGGAUUUCUACUGUCAGUAGCUAUCUCCCGGUAAUAUAGCACGGAUCUCCACUGUCAGUAGCUAUCCUUGGUGAUAUAGCAUGGAUCUCCACUGUCAGUAGCUAUUCUUGGUGAUAUAGCACGAAUCUCCACUGUCAGUAGCUAUCCUUGGUGAUAUAGCACGGAU